AAAAGUAUAAAAGAAAAAAGAGGGAGGGAGGGUGCGUGCUCGCUCUCCAGCUUCAUUUCGGAUUCAGCAACAUGUCACCAGAUGUGACACCGUGUCCCAUAUGUAGGAGUCAACAAAAAAGAACGAAAAAAGUGAGAGUCACAGAGAGGGCAUAUUGUAUGCUAAAGGAUGGAAACGGCGAAGACCACGAAUAUCUACGAGUUCGGCACGAAAGAACUCGAGAGUGAAGAAAUGCGUACGAUAACCGAAAGAGAAGCGCCGCGUUAUUUGAGGUCUGAGCAGGCUGGCGGAGGACAAGAAAAAGACGUGAGCAAAUAUCUGCCACGGGAUACGCGAACGCACUGCCUCGGGUAACGCAUUCAACCGAGCCGGCCGGUCCCGCGAUGUAGCCGUAUAACAAGUGGAAAGUGCGAGGCAUUCGCGCCUUCUCGUUUUCGCCUCCUUCCGUUGCCGCCUACACGGGCAACUAUGCAGUGGCCGACGCAGUGCGCACGGCAUUGCAGGCACGCGCAAGGUACUUGCGCCGCAGAGCAACGUGUCACCUGUCACCACUCCGGAGAGAGAGCGAUGCAUACGCUACGGCCACCGCUGAUGGCCAUGGGGCCGCUGCUGCUUCAAGUUACCCUCUUCUUCCCAGCCGUUUUAGCGGCCAACCGAUGUGAACUCAAGGGUUGCCCCGAGCACAAGCCGGGCUAUAUCAACGUGCACCUGCUUAGUCACAGCCACAACGACGCUGGAUGGUAUUGGACGGUGGACGCUAUGUACCACACAGUGCAAAUGAUCUACACGGGCGCGACGAGAGCUCUGUGGAACAAGCCCAGUCGACGCUACGUGUCAGCGGAGAACGUAUUCUUUUCGCGCUGGUGGAACGAGCAGUCGGCCGACAUGCGAAGAAAGGUUCGAAGUAUGGUGCAGUCAGGACGACUCCAGUUCGUUGGCGGCGGAUGGGUCCAAAACGACGAGGCGGUGACCCACUACACGGCCAUCAUUGACCAGAUGACGCUGGGACUGCGCUUCCUCAACGACACGUUCGGUCCCGACUGCGGCGCGCCCAGCGUAGCCUGGCAGGCCGACCCCUUUGGACACAGCAUCGCGCAGGCGGCACUUUUCGCCAGGAUGGGCUUCAGCAGCGCCAUGAUCGGCCGCAUAUCGUGGGACACCAAGAAAAAAUUGCAGGCGGAACGUGCCAUGGAGUUUAUCUGGGAGGCCGACAGCCCCGAACAGGGAAAGUAUCUGAUUUAUUCUAUACAAUGGCAUUAGAAAGCCAACUACAGUAACACUUCGGACGGCUUGGAAAGCCUA